AUGGCGGAUUAUGAGUGCAGAGCGACGAGUGGGGCGCAUAUAAGGUUUUCUAGCUUGAAAGAGCUGUAUGAGAACCACUUGGUGGCGGCAGCAGAGUCCGAGCAGGAGGGUGACGGGCUUUUUACUGAGUAUCACCGUGCUUGCGCUCUGAAGUGUUGGUUCAUGUUCUUAGUAGACACUACACUCUUUGUGGACAAAAGUGCAACCUACAUCGACAUGACGUAUCUCCGAUACUUUAUCGAGCUAACUAUAGGCUGGAUCAUCUCAUACUUCCACCGCAUCCACGACUUCUACAUUGAUCUUGUGUACGAUGACGCCAUGCCCAGGGCCGCACGAUACGUCCUCCAAAGGGGGAAUAACGCAGUGGGCCUAUAUCGCGUGUACCUCGACCGCACUAUUCACAAUGACAUCCGUUGGACGCCCUUCACUGAUUACUGUGAUGUUGUCCCAUUCGACCGCAUCGCAUUAUAUUCUGGAUGGUUGGCAUAUGGGACCAACACCAUGGUCAGGUAUCUGUCGGAGCGGUGCAUGAGGCAAUUUGGACGUGUGCAGAUGAUACCGAGGUCUCCGUUUGAGGCUGCUCCUGACACCGUUAUCCGAGUGAACUUCACUCCUAUAUUUGAGGAUUGGGCUCAUCACUUGGUGCCUGAGAAGUAUCGGCGUACGGUGGACACCCAGGCCUGGAAAUGUGUGGAUGGGAACGUCACAUGGUUAUAUCGUGUGUCACAUCCUUUGAUGAUACCCACACUCCCGGAGAUCCGCCUAGGCUAG